AUGGUGGAGUCAAAAUCCAUUGGAGACCCUGGAUUUACAAAGGAGAUCCGACCUACUGGUAAACAUGCUGAGAUUUCUGACACCGGAAAACUCAUGCCCGAGUGUUUGCCAUCACCUUCUGAUCACCAAUCUCCCAAAAGUACUUCUGGGAAUGGCCAUAUCGUCUAUUUUCGCAGAAAAGCUGAAACUGAAUUAGGUAAAACAAGUUUUUGUGGCAACCAAAGUGAUGCUGUUGACUGUCCACAUGGAAGGAAAUCUAAUGACCAGGGUGAAACAACUCGACAAAAUGCCGAGAUAAAGGAGCCUGCAACCUGUAUCUCAAAUUCUAUAUCAGUUCAGACGGUUUCUGCAUCAGGCUUGUCUGCGAAACAUUGUGUUUCUCCUCGUGGAAAGUCCAAUAAUGUCUCAUCUCCAACAAAUAUUAGUUAUGUUGGUGUUAAUUCUGCCAACUCUUUGUUUCCAAAGAAAGUGAAUUUUAAGCACUGGAAAGAGCGGUAUUGCCAAUUGCAGAAUUUAUUAAAAAUGUUGGAUCAAUCAGAUCAAGAUGAUUAUGUUCAAAUACUUCGAUCGCUUUCUUCAGUUGAGCUUAGCAAGCAUGCUGUUGAGCUGGAGAAAAGGUCAAUUCUGCUUUCCUUGGAGGAAGCAAAAGAGAUGCAACGGGUUCUCUUAUUUGACGUGUUGGGGAAACAUCCGAAGAACUUGAGAGCAUCCUCAGUUGAAUAG